AUGACUGACUAUGAGGAGUGGAGGGGAGCCUCAGGUCCUGCUCAAGUAAGACUUGUAAAUGGCCCUGAUUCUUGUACGGGUCGGCUGGAGGUGUUUUACAAUGCUACCUGGGGGACGGUGUGUGAUGAUCACUGGGACCUAGCUGGAGCACGUGUGGUGUGCCGACAGCUGAACUGUGGGAUGGCACUGUUGGCCAUUGGUGGUGCUCGAUACGGGCGAGGAACAGACCUGAUCUGGCUGGACAAUGUACACUGUGUGGGGACAGAAGUCACUCUUUCUGAAUGUGAGGCCCAGCCCUGGGGAGUCCACAAUUGUGGGCAUGGAGAAGACGUCAGUGUUGUGUGCUCUGGGGCACCCAAUCCAGAUGCAGCCUUGAUCAGGCUGGUGAAUGGCUCAGACUUCUGUUCUGGCAGAGUUGAAGUCUUUCAUGAUGAAGAGUGGGGCACUGUGUGUGAUGACAACUGGAACCUGAUGAACGCUGAGGUGGCAUGCAGAGAGCUGGGUUGUGGCCCAGCACUGUCAGCUCCAACUGGGGCUCACUUUGGUAAAGGGUCAGGACACAUUUGGCUGGAUGAAGUGAACUGUGCUGGGACGGAGGCUGCCCUUUCUCUGUGCUUGGCCAGAUCCUGGGGAGAUCAUAACUGCAACCAUGCAGAGGAUGCCAGUGUUGAAUGCUCAGGCUUUUUAGAACCAACUCAGCUCCGGUUGGUGAAUGGCUCCAGCCGCUGCUCAGGGAGAGUUGAGGUUCACCACAACCAGCAGUGGGGAACUGUGUGUGAUGACAACUGGGGCAUCAGUGAUGCAGAAGUGGUUUGUAGGCAACUGGGCUGUGGGACGGCCAUAUCAGCACCUGGCAAGGCUCGGUUUGGGGAAGGACAUGAUCCCAUCUGGCUGGAUGAGGUGAACUGCACGGGGACAGAAGGUGCCAUCACUGAAUGUAGUUUGAAGUCCUGGGGAGCGCAUAACUGUGACCAUGGAGAAGAUGCUGGUGUUGUGUGCUCAGGUAAGUCUAAUCCCACAGAGUUACGGCUGGUGAAUGGUCCGAAUCGGUGUGCUGGGCGAGUUGAGGUGCUUCACCACCAGCAGUGGGGAACUGUGUGUGAUAAUGGCUGGGACUUAGAAGAUGCUAAUGUAGUAUGCCGGCAGCUGGGCUGUGGUGCUCCAAUAUCAGCUCCAGGCUGGGCUAGAUUUGGCAGAGGCUAUGACCCCAUCUGGCUGGAGAAAGUGAGCUGCUCUGGGACUGAGUCUGCCCUUACUGAGUGCAGAGCUAAAUCAUGGGGAGUCCACAGCUGUCAUCAUGGGGAAGAUGCCAGUGUGGUGUGCUCAGGUAACCCUCUGCUUAUUCAUACCUUUAUUUCAGACCCAAUGGCACUUCGGCUGGUGAAUGGCCCAAGUCGCUGUGCAGGGAGAGUUGAAGUGCUUCAUCAGCACCAAUGGGGGACUGUGUGUGACGACAACUGGGGAGUAAGUGACGCAGAAGUGGUGUGUCGGCAGCUGGGCUGUGGGACGGCAGUCUCAUCCCCUGGUUUGGCUCAUUUUGGGCGGGGACGUGGCCACAUCUGGCUGGAUGAGGUGAACUGCACAGGGACAGAAGCAGCCCUCUCCGAAUGCAGAGCCAAGCCUAAAGGAAUCCAUAAGUGUCACCAUGGAGAAGAUGCUGGUGUGGUGUGCUCAGACCCAACUGAGGUCCGACUGGUGAAUGGCUCAAACCACUGUUCUGGGAGAGUUGAGGUGCUGCAUAACCAGCAAUGGGGAAGUGUAUGUGAUGACAGCUGGGACUUGGAUGAUGCAGAAGUGGUGUGCCGGCAGCUGGGCUGUGGGUCAGCCAUAUCUGCUCCACCUAGAGCUCAGUUUGGGCUAGGAUAUGAACCCAUCUGGCUGGAUGAUGUGAACUGCACAGGUUCAGAGGCUGCCCUCUCCGAGUGUGGUGCCAGACCAUGGGGAGAGAGUAACUGCAACCACAGAGAAGAUGCCAGCGUGGUGUGUCUAGGACCAGCUCAGCUCCGAUUGGUGAAUGGCUCCAAUCGCUGCUCUGGGAGAGUUGAGGUGCUUCAAAACCAGCAAUGGGGAACUAUAUGUGAUGAUGAUUGGGACCUGAAUGAUGCUGAAGUUGUGUGCCGGCAGCUGGGCUGUGGGAUGGCUGUAUCAGCUCCAGGCUCGGCUCAGUUUGGACAAGGGUCAGACCAUAUCUGGAUGGUUGAUGUUGAGUGUACAGGGACAGAAUCCAUCCUUUCUGAAUGCAGGUCCAAGUCUGGGGAAUCAUCUAAGUGCAACCAUGAGGAAGAUGUUGGUGUUGUGUGCUCAGGUAUUUCAGAUCCCACAGCGCUGCGACUGGUGAAUGGCUCAAAUCUCUGUGCAGGGAGAGUUGAAGUGCAUCACAAGGAGCUUUGGGGAACUAUUUGUGAUGAUGACUGGGACAUAAAGGAUGCUGCAGUGGUAUGUCAGCAGCUGGGCUGUGGAACGGCACUCUUGGCUCUUGGCAAAGCUCAAUUUGGACAAGGACAUAAUGCCAUCUGGCUGGACAAUGUGAACUGCACAGGAAGGGAAAGUACUCUCUCAGAGUGCUUGGCCAGGCCAUGGGGUGAACACAACUGCAACCACAGAGAAGAUGCUGGCGUAGUGUGCUCAGGUAAUGCGGCCGCUGUUCCUGUCCGACUGGUGAAUGGCUCAAACCACUGUUCUGGGAGAGUUGAGGUGCUGCAUAACCAGCAAUGGGGAAGUGUAUGUGAUGACAGCUGGGACUUGGAUGAUGCAGAAGUGGUGUGCCGGCAGCUGGGCUGUGGGUCAGCCAUAUCUGCUCCACCUAGAGCUCAGUUUGGGCUAGGAUAUGAACCCAUCUGGCUGGAUGAUGUGAACUGCACAGGUUCAGAGGCUGCCCUCUCCGAGUGUGGUGCCAGACCAUGGGGAGAGAGUAACUGCAACCACAGAGAAGAUGCCAGCGUGGUGUGUCUAGGUAAGCUACCGCCAUGGGCUGAGAUGAGUUGA